CCCAGUGUUCCUGUGAUCACGCCUAGCAGCAAACCGAGUCACACGAUCGUCUGAUUGAUCAGCGCUUUACUCUUCAUUUAAAGCGCGUUUAUUCUCCAUAUUUCUAAGCAAUCGCUUUUAAGAGGCUUUUAAGAGCUUGUCGCUGAGGAAAAGUGAUGGAGAGGAUCUGGCAUGGCUGGUGCUGUCACACAGGUGCCUCAUAAACCGAGAAGCAUUGGAUCCAGCCGCUCACAUCCAAACCCACCUUAUGGCCUCCAUCUACCUGCCCUCAUUAGAGGACUCGGCUGAGGUGAAGGAGGGCUUCCUGUGUCCUCUCUGUUUGAAGGACCUCCAGUCGUUCUACCAGCUACAAGGCCACUAUGAAGAGGAACACUCUGGUGACAACCGGCACGUUGGUGGUCAGCUGAAAAGCCUGGUGCAAAAGGCAAAGAAAGCCACAGACAAGCUGUUGAAGCGUGAUGGAGAUGAUCGGACGGACAGCAGCUAUGAAUCAUUUUAUUAUGGAGGAGUGGACCCCUACAUGUGGGAGCCGCAGGAGCUCGGAGCCACCCGCAGUCACUUGGAUUUUUUCAAGAAGCAGAGAGCUGCAAGAAUUGACCAUUACGUGAUUGAAGUCAACAAACGCAUUAUACGACUGGAAAAGCUAACAUCAUUUGACAGAACCAACAUGGAUGCAGCGCAAAUAAGAUCACUUGAGAAGUCCGUGGUAUCGUGGGUGAACGAUCAAGAUGUGCCAUUUUGCCCUGAUUGUGGGGGCAAAUUCAACAUCCGCAACCGGCGCCACCAUUGCAGACUCUGCGGGUCCAUUAUGUGCAGAAAAUGCACAGAGUUUAUUCCUCUGCCACUAGCAUAUAAAUUGACCAGUGGAACAAGGGAGGCCCUGUGGGCUCCGGGGCAGAGUGGGUCUCCUGGAUCUGCAGGCCCAGUGAUGCAGCAGAUGUCUCGCCGCGGCUCCAUUAACAGCAUCUCAUCUGUCACCUCUGUGUUGGAGGAGAAAGACGACGACCGAGUACGCUGUUGCCAUCAUUGCAUGGAUGCACUUCUUCGGUAUCAGCACAAACUGGAGGAGAAAGACCACGUGCCUGAUAUCGUCAAACUCUAUGAGAGGUUAAGGACAUGUAUGGAGAAAGUUGAAGCUAAGGCUCCAGAGUACACACACAUGGCACAGUCUCUCAAUGCUGGGGAGACGACCUGUAGUCUGGAGAGUGCUGCUGCACUAAGGAUGGAGAUACAGAAGUACUAUGAGCUCAUUGAUCUUCUGAGUAAGAAGAUACUCGCACUCGGACUAAAAGACGAGGUCCAGCCUCACCCCAAAGCCCUGCAGCUGCAAAGGAUGGUGCGCUACACAGCUACACUUUUUAUACAGGAGAAACUGUUGGGACUGACGUCGCUCCCCACCAAGGAGAAGUAUGAGGAGCUUAAAGAGAAGAGAAGAGAGGAGCAGGAGAAAAGAGCGCAGCAGGAGAGACAGGCUGGCCUGGAGGCACAAAAACGGCAUUUGGAAAGUGAAAAUAACCUCGGUGCACGCGAGGAUGUUCCAGGUCCACGCAUGAGGAAAGCCGGUGGCUGGCUGCCACAAUCAGACACUCUACAUACUCGCUCUGAGCUGGACGACCCUCUCCUGCAGCAGAUCAAAAACAUAGAGUCGUUCAUACGGCAGGCGCGCUCCGCAAACCGCACCGAUGAAGUGGCCAUGCUGGAGGAGAACCUGCGGCAGCUGCAGGACGAGUUUGACGCCCAGCAGACCAGUCGAGCCAUCCAGCUUUCACAGAGGUUGGCUGAGGAGACCGACAUGCAGCAGAGACAAUUUGAUCAUCUGCAUCAGAGAGAGCUUGAGAACAGAACCCAAUCAAAACUGUCCUCCUUGGAUUUUAGAGACCGAGAAAAUGUUUGGAAAAGAGAAGAGGCGGAAGGUGACUUGGGAGAAGAUCUGAUUGAGAGCCCUGGGUCUUCAUCACAUCUAUUAGGAAACUCUCCUCCCUUAGACAGGCAAAGAGAUAAACAUACACCGACUCCACCUAACAGAAACCCCUUUGACGAGGAGCUUUUCUCUCCUGCUGAGGAAGAACCCAUUAACUCUCAGACGGUCAAUGGAAAGAAAGAGUACAACCCGUUUGAGGAAGAAACAGAUGAAACGGAUGAUCCAGAUACAGCUAAAGUGAAGUCACCUAGAAAUCCUUUUGAAGAUGAUGAUUAUGAAGAUGGAGGUAACCCUUUCAAAGAGGUUUCCAAUGAGAUUCCAGCUGCCUCAACCAAUCCGUUUGAUGAAGAGGAUGAUGAGGAUGGCUCCGCAGUCGAUGACGGGAUUGAGGAAGAGCUACUUCUACAACAGAUCGAUAACAUCCGGGCAUAUAUCUUUGACGCCAAGCUAAGUGGACGUUCUGACGAAGUGGAGCUUUUGUCUGAGAACCUAAAGGAGCUGCAGAAAACACUACAAGAGCAGAAAAGAAAAAAGUAGUGUCCGUCACAAGUUUUCAGUCACAGAUUAACAGUGUAAGAUACUGAUGCACUAGACAAAAAUAUACAACUAAUUUCAAAACACGUUUCUGUGCAAGAAUGCAUAGUAGUAGGAACAGAUCAGAUCUUGAUUAGAACAACUUCAUUUCUGGAAAAAUGUGUUAAUCAUCAAAGAAAGAAAGAAAAAAAAAUAAGUCUUAGCAUUGGGUAAUAUUCAAGUAUUUUAUGUGAACAAAAUCUCAAUAUGUAGUCUCAAGUCAAAUAAAUGGGUAGAAAUAGCUGGUUAAGAUUUUCUGUUCAACAAAGUCAGUAUUUCAUGCACAUUUUGCUUUAAAAUUUUAAGAAAAUCUAAGUUUAUGUAUUGAAGUCUAGCAUGAACGCACACCUGCAGCUUUGAACUUUAUUAUUAUUAUAUUGAUCUAACAGAUAACCAGAACUUCACUAAAUAGAAACCCUCAUUUCUUUUUUCAUCCUUGAAACAUCAAAGGAAUAUUUCACUCAAGCAUAUUUCACAUUACCCGUCUUUCCUAUAUAUAUAUACACAUAUAUAUAUUUUAUUUUAUUUUUUUGGAACACAAUCUACUUAUAAGGUUUCAACUGUUUUGUCCAUACAAUUGAAGUUGAUGCUGUCAAAAACAAAUCUCUCACCAUUAUUAAUUCUUGUGUGAAUCUGAUUACUAUUGCAGAUUUCCCUAAUCAAUGUCAAAUCUCUGUAAUUUAGUCUGUAUAUAUUUGCAUUGUUUUAUACCAUUGGCACUUAAAUGAUUUAGCAAUUAUACAAACACAUCCAAUGCUAUGGAAACCAGUGUUGAAGUAACAAACGUAUGCAUAUGGUCAUAACUGCCUGCUGCUCCUCUAAAUAGCUGUGUUAAAACAGUACCAUCUGUGUGUUAAAUCUGAAUUUAGCUUGCAUGUUUCAUUAAUGUGUACCCACUUCAAUAAGACAUGAGCACAACUGAUGAGUUCAGUUUGAACUCGAGGCUUUUCAUGGACACAGUGAGAACUGACAGCUACACUGUGGCUCAAUGUAAUGCUUUUUGUAAUUGUAUUUAUGUUUCGUCAUCAGAUAAUCAUAUUGUGACUAACAACCCAUCCAUUAACUUCUGGAUAAUGUUGCGUGUUUACACCAAGAAAUAUCAGGUAUCAAAUGUAACACUAAUAAUUAAUAAAAUUCUGUGAAAAUCC